AUGUCGUCCCAACCCGCAAUCGAUACCAAAGUCACCCCCCAGGUUACUCCGCCGAGUCCUGACCACGAAAAGGCCGAGGUCUCCCAACUCGAGCAGGUAUCGACUCAAGAACACCCGCCUGGCAAAGGGCACUAUGUUGAAGAAGAUGGACUUCGGGAUGGAGUGAUCCAUCAGGAUACACAAAUGACAACAAAGAGAAAGAUGGCUCUCGUUGCCCAGGCAUUCUUGUGGACCGGCUCUCAGAUCCCAGUUUACCUAUUCGGAGGCAUACCUCCAUACAUCUAUGGAGACCUAGGCGGGACUGACAGAUGGGUGUGGUUUGUUCUCGCCAAUUUGCUUUCCUUGGCGGGAAUUUGUCCAUUCGUCGGAUCAAUGUCCGAUCUGCUAGGGCGACGUUAUGUUGCCCUCCUGGGGGCCUCGUUGAUCGUUGUUGGAAUGAUCAUCUGCUCCACCGCACAAGACAUUAACGCAUUCAUCGCUGGCAUGGUCUUUGCUGGUGUCGGGGCCGGUAUCAAUGAGCUCACAGCCCUGGCAGCCACGUCCGAGCUCGCGCCAACCUCAAAGAGAGGCAUUUAUGUCGGUGCACUCAUCUUUACCAUUGUUCCGUUCUGUCCAUCAGUCCUAUGGGGCCAACUGAUUGCGUAUUACUCGACUUGGAGAUAUGUCGGGCUGUUCUGUGCUUUGUGGGCUUUCAUCGGUCUUGUUCUGACUGCAGUCUUUUACUUUCCGCCGCCUCGUGUCAACUCUGAUGGCCUAAGCCGGCGCGAGGUCUUGAAGCGUAUCGACUAUGUUGGUGGUUUCACUAGCAUUUCUGGAAUGAUCUUGUUCAUGGCUGGGAUGCAGUGGGGAGGAUACCAGUAUCCCUGGACCUCUGCUCAUGCCCUCGUACCAUUGUUCCUCGGAGCCGCACUGCUGGUGGCGUUUGGAGUGUGGGAGGCCAAGUUUGCACCGUAUCCCAUGUUCCCCCGCCGUCUCAAUCAAGCCCCGUCGAUUCUUAUCUGGACUCUGGUCAUUACCUUUAUCUCGGGUGCCAACUUCUUUUCCAUUCUCAUGUUUUGGCCGGUGCAGGCAUUCAACGUCUACGGCCACGAUCCCGUCCAAGUGGGAAUUCGCGGGCUUCCUGUCGCAUUUGGCAUCAUGUUUGGUGCAGUCAUAGUUCUCGUCCUACUCUCCGUCUUUCGUGGUCAGAACAAGACGCUCAUGGUAGUAUCAUCGGUGCUUAUGACGACAGGAUGCGGCGCCAUUGCCGUGGCCGACGUUGAUAACAUGGCACAGCUGUGGGGUAUUCUCGUAUUGGCAGGACUAGGCAUCGGCGGUAUUGUGGUGCCGGCAUCCAUCAUCACCACCAUUAUCUGUCCCGACGACUUGAUUGCAACCGUUGCGGCAUUGACGCUAAGCAUUAGAGUUAUUGGUGGCAGCAUUGGAUAUUGCGUGUACUUUAACGUUUUCGUGAGCAAAUUCCAGCCUGCCUCGAUCAAGUACAUUGGGGAUGUUUUGCAACAAGCCAAUAUCACGUCGACGGAAACGUUGACCGAGGUCAUUGGCCUGACCACCGAAAGUCUGAUUGACCGCAUCGCCGACAUACCCGGGAUCGCCGGCAACCAGACGCUGUACGAGGCCGUGGUCAAGGCCGGACAGAUUGCCUAUGCGGAGUCAUACAAGUAUGUCUACUACAGCAGCAUAGCCUUUGGUUUUGUGUCAAUAGUCGCUGCACUAUUCCUGGGGGAUAUUAGCAAGUUUAUGGAUGACCACGUUGCAGUGGUUAUGUAA